GCCGCGCGACGAGCGGAGCCCAGGGCGGCUGAGGAGGGGCUGGGGGGCGGCUGCGCGUCCCCGGUCCGGCCGGCACCCCUCGGGCCAGGCCAUGGCCGAGCCUCACCGGGACCCCCCGCCCCGGGCUGUUCCGCGGGAAGAGCAGGAGUGGGGCCGCAGGGACCGGCCCGGGCCCGAGCAGGACUCCGGGCAGCCGCCCUUGGCGGACUCUGGGCCUGGACGAGAGCCUUAUCAGCCUCGGCAGUCGGAACCGGGACCAGCUUCCUAUGUAAGGCAAGGGGCUGAUGAGUCGCAAGGGCUGGGAAAGCACAUUUAUCAGCCACCUGCUCCCGGCCGAGACCCCCACCAAGCACAAGACCAGAGAGGAAGUGCCGGCCAGACCCACGCACCAGGACACGAACUCUAUCAGUCGCAGUCACCGAGUCCACACCUCUACCGUCCACCCGGAGCAGAACAAGCCUCUUACAAGCUACAGAUACCAGAAUUAAACAGCAGCCAGCGAUAUUUGCUGGGACAAGGCUCUCACCACGCACAGGAGUCAAGGCAAAGCAUGUAUCAGUCCUACGCGCUAGGAUUAGACCCGUACCAAACACAAGAACCGAAAAGUGCCUAUCGGACAUAUGCAGUAGGACAAGAUCCCUAUCAAGCCUAUGACGGUGGGCAUGGCCCCUAUCAGCCACAUGAACCAGGUUAUGGUCUCUAUCAGCCAGGAUACAGCCCAUAUGAUGAUCAGAUACUCGAUCCCAAAUCCCGAACACUGGCAAUUCAGAACGCAAAAGCCUUUUUACUGAAGAGCAGCACAGCAUCUGGCAUGAACUUAUAUGAUCAUCUUGCUAAUAUGCUAACAAAGAUCCUGGAUGAACAGCCCACAAAUGCAGUAGACAUAAUUGAGAAUAUCAGCAAGGAUGUGAAGUGGGCUCAGUUUCAGAAAAAAAUGGACACUCUUCGAGAUGAACAUGAGAUUCUUCCAACAUUUGAAGCUGCAGAAAAGCGUAAAGCUUUGUUCCUCAAGGCAAAUGGAGAAGGAGAUGAAGAACUAGAAGAAGAGGUAGGAGAGACCCCUCUACCUAAUGUGAUGGAAACAGCUUUUUAUUUUGAACAGGCUGGAAUUGGCUUGAGCAAAGAUGAAUCCUAUCACAUAUUCCUUGCACUUAAAAAACUAAUUAGCGUUCAGCCAGUCCGGACCUGUCGCUUCUGGGGCAAAAUUUUGGGCCUGGAGAUGAACUACAUUAUAGCUGAAGUACAGUACCAUGAGGGGGAAGAGGAGGAGGAAACAGAAGAUGAAGAAGGUAUUGAGGAAGGAGGGAAAGGGAUGGGUGAGGUUGAAGAUGAAUAUGAGAAGAAUGAAAAAGAAGAUGAACCACCAAAGUCUACCUAUAAGCCCCCACCUGUCAUCCCAAAAGAGGAAAAUGGGACUGGAGCUAAUAAAUAUGUCUACUUUGUCUGUAAUGAGCCAGGAAAACCCUGGGUGAAGUUGCCUCCAGUGACACCAGCCCAGAUUGUCUGUGCCAGGAAAAUCAAGAAGUUCUUCACCGGUAGGCUGGAUGCACCUGUUGUGAGCUUUCCUCCUUUCCCUGGAAAUGAGGCCAAUUACCUGCGUGCACAGAUAGCUCGGAUCUCAGCGGGAACCCACAUCUCUCCCAUUGGAUUUUACCAGUUUGCAGAGGAAGAAGGAGAUGAAGAGGAGGAGGGAGGAGGAGGAAGAGACACAUAUGAAGAAAACCCCGAUUUUCAACCCCCUUCAGUGGCUGAAAUGGUGGAUUCUCUCUCCAUGUGGGUACACCAUGGACAGAGUAUUCUAAAGCAGGGUCGCUGUGUUUGGUUUAAUCCUUUUCAAAAAUCAGAGGAAGAAGAAGAAGAAGAGGAAGAGGAGGAGAAAGCAGAGGAGCCAGAUGAACUACAGCAAGAAAUAGGACCUCCUCUUCUUACUCCACUCUCUGAAGAUGAAGGAAUUCAAAACAUCCCUGCUUGGACAGCUCAGUCUUCUACAAACCUGAUCCCACAAUAUGCUGUUGCAGUCCUCCAGUCUAACCGAUGGCCCGGAGCGUAUGCCUUUGCAGCUGGCAAGAAAUUUGAUAACAUCUACAUUGGCUGGGGUCACAAAUACAGCCCAGAGAACCAUGCUCCCGCACUGCCUCCACCAGUGCAAGCAGAAUACCCUAGCGGGCCAGAAAUCACGGAGACAAGAGACCCCACUCUGGAAGAGGAACUGGCUUUCAGGGCUGCGAAGGAAGAAGCCUUAGCUGCAGCUGAGGAAGAGGAAGAUGAGGAAGAUGAUGUUGAGGACGAUGAAGAGGAGGAAGAUGAUUAAGAUGUGGGGGGAAACAUUUCUAUUUUGAAAGUUUAAACAUUAAUAAUAUUUUCAUAAAUUAGUUGACCUUAAAAGAAAUGUAAUUGGAGGAUGCCUUCCUUUUUGAUUUCUGUAGGUUUUUCUUUGCAUCCAUCUUCCCCUCCUUCCCCUCCUCCCAGGCCCCCCGCGCUAGCCUGAAGACUGCAUUGCUUUCACUGCAAGACAACGCAAUAAAGUAGCCUUUUCGUAGAAGAGUAGGCA